CAUUAAAUGAAGCAGGGUGGGUGGGGUUUGGUUACUUCUGAAGCAUCCAGUGUUGGUUACUUACUGGUGGUGGCAGAUACUAGACUAGAUGGUCCAAGCUAGUGAGGCACAUCCUGUGUUUCAAAGGAUAGUAUCGCAAGGGUGAAAAGAGCUUUCUCUCGGCACAGUUCUGAUUUGCAUCCCUGUGCUGCAGGCACAGUUUGACAAUGGAUGGGUAGAGCAACAUAUUUUCAUCUGUUCUGUGCUCAAGACUUCUUUUCCUAGUCCUCUUUUUCCCCCAUUGUCCCUGGUGUUUGAGCAAGAAGCUGGAGACAUUGCAAAGCUAUGGGACAAAAAUAUCAUCUCGCCAGGCAGUGAGUCUGAACCCUGAUUCGCAGAGCUCGAACCCCUGCAGCCCUUUCUCUGCACGUUGCGUGGAAAGCUCUGAGCUGUAGCUAUUGAGAGAUUGUUUUCAGGGACACCUGGAGGUAUUUGAAGUUCUUCAAAAGAGAUCACAAUCCCUGGCUUUUCUCAGGGACCCGACCUCCCUCUGCUCAAACAGACAUCAAGCCUUUUCGAAGGAGGCGGCUGCGGGGAGGGAAGGUGCUGAUAAAAGUGCUUGUCAGUGACUUUUUCUAAGCAGAACAAGAGGUCACCACGCAGGGCUUCAAGAGAGGCUUUGUAGGCCUCUGUCACGCUGUCUGUGAACAAAGGAGUCUUCUGGGGAAGAACCCCAGCUGAAAGGAAUUGUGACAAGGUUAUUCAGCCAGCAGGAAUACUUCCUGCAGAUGCACCCAGAUGGUACGAUUGAUGGGACCAAGGACGAAAACAGCGACUACACUCUCUUCAAUCUAAUUCCCGUGGGGCUCCGUGUGGUGGCGAUCCAGGGGGUGAAGGCCGGUCUCUACGUCGCCAUGAAUGGCGAGGGAUAUCUCUACAGCUCAGAGAUUUUCACACCAGAGUGCAAAUUUAAGGAAUCGGUCUUUGAAAACUACUACGUUAUUUAUUCUUCCACACUGUACCGGCAGCAGGAGUCUGGACGAGCCUGGUUCCUGGGGCUCAAUAAAGAAGGUCAAAUUAUGAAGGGGAACCGGGUGAAAAAAACCAAACCCUCGUCACAUUUUGUACCCAAACCCAUUGAAGUGUGCAUGUACAGAGAGCCAUCGCUGCAUGAAAUUGGAGAAAAACAAGGACGCUCAAGAAAAAGUUCAGGGACACCAACCAUGAACGGAGGCAAAGUUGUUAACCAGGACUCGACAUAAUUGACAAACACCCCUCUCCCUCUCUUCCAAUUCUUCCCUUCCCACUCACCUCCCCACCCCGCCGGCGAAACCACACCGAGACGACAAUAAACUGAGCAAGGCAGGACCUACCGGUAGCGGCUAGGAUUCUGAACUCAAAAAUCUUUCUUCGUGUAGGACGAGGAAAUCAACUCCCAAAUCUUGCCUGUUGCAACGUUUCAAAAAAAAAAAAAAACGAAGAAAAAAUGUUUUAAAUCAGGACUCCAUUAACAUUUUAAACGCAAACUGUUUGCUCUUUGAUCAAAAGGAAAAAUCUCUUCUCUGCAUAGUAAUAAUAAAUAAU